AUGGAGAGUACGAUAUUCACCGGGACUUUUUCCACGGCAGCGUGCGUCUAUGCGCCUUCUCGUCGAACCGUGGGAGCACGCGAGCACCCGUCGACGGUUCUGGAUCACCUGGUGACUCACAUUGUGGACGUACCCUUUUUUCUUGCCAGCAGCACCGAGGAGCGUGCACACGGAUGCAGUUUGUUUUUGGCCACUGCGGCGUACCCAGGAACGAAGCUUGUGGUGCAUAAGCCGAGAAGGCAUCCGACCUCGCACAGCUCAGAGGCACAUGGAGCACCGGCAUCGUUGCACUGGCCGAACGUAUUAUUGGUGCCCGACAGCUCAAGCCAGAAGCCUACCGCUCCACUGUAUCAGGCGACUGGGAACCCACUUGCACGGACGCCACUCUCACUCGUGGGGAAGAGGCCGCACUGGACCGCCUCCGCACCGGGGUUUCGCACAAAUACGGAUGGCUGCCACGGCCACUGCAACCCGCCAUCCCGAGCACAUUCCGUUGGUGCGGCCCGGAUGCCUCACAACAGGCACGCAAAAAGGUUUACACGGAAACGCCUCCUCCUCCCGCUGGACCCCACACCGCCACGAUCCGACUCCCGGCAGACUGCCCGGUGUGCGGCAAACACUGCAGCUGCUACACUGGUGUCGUGA